GGGCGGUCACAUGACCCGAGGAGGCCAAAGGGGGAAACCGGUCACGUGGCGGGGGUUGGCUGGCUGGGUGAAUGUGCCGGGCGGCGGGCUUGAGGGAAAUCGCCCGGGCCUAAGGAAGAGGAAGGCGGGCAGGAAGGAAGGAAGGAGGGAAGGAAGGAAGGGGGAAAGCGUCUGGGCCUGCAGGGAGAAGCGCAGGGCCUUCUUUUUUCAGGGCGAGGUUCCUGGUUUGUUGCGGGGGAAACCGUUUGGGCGGCGGGUUUCGCUCUCUUUUGGGAAGGCCCCGAUCGGAAAGCGCGAGGGGAAAAAAACAACCCGUCAGGAGGAAGGCUUAGGGCCUGUUUCCCAACUCUGAAGAGUAGCGUUGGCUGGAGAGGGGCCUCCUUAAGGAAGUAGAGAAAAAGGCGCUUUUGUGGGGCAUUAUUUUGGUAGGAAAAAUACAUUUUCUCUGUAGGGGAUGGGAGCAAGGUACUGAGUAACGGGAAACGAGAAAGUAAUAGGGAGUAGAAACAACUAAAAAUAGAAGAAGAAGGAGAAAUCACUUUUUAAAAAAAUACUAAGCUGUUUGUCUUGAGAUUAUUUAGGAGCAGUUCUAGUUGCAAAUACCACAGGCCCCAUAGAAUAAAAGCUUUUCUGAAGGAGUUGCCAUUGAGGCCCGCUUCUGUCUGUCUUGAUUGUUUUUCCGCCUGUAGCUUUUCAGGAACUAGGAAAGAGUUAAUAGGAGGGUCGGAAUACACCCAUAGCUAGGUCUCGGGUCUCAAGGAAGGCCGUUUGCAUCGUUGGGGGGUUUCCAACCAAUCUAUAUCCCGGGGCAUCCAGAGGCCAUGCAGAAAGAGGAACUGGGCAUGGAUGAGAACCGCAACCCAGAAGAGGAGCUGCACCUCCUGGCAGCAAAGAAGGAGAAAUGCCACAACCUCAGCAACCGCAUCCGCACAGGGAGUGGAGCAGAGCUGGGCUACAGGCCAAGCCAGGUCUCCAGAGAAGGGUCAUGGGAGUCAAAUGGUUAUACCACCCCCGCUGAGAUAGCAGAUGAGCCCAGUGUUCCCCUGAGCCCUUCUAACAGCCUUAACAUCCGCAACCUCCAGUUGUCUGAACGGGACCCUCCAGUUCCUCACCACCCGCGCCGCUACCCUCCCCACUUCUACCACAGCCGGCCCUUCCAUGCUGCCUACCGCAAGACCUACCGAGGGAGUCCCUCAGACCGCAAAGAAUGGGGGCCCAGCACCAAUGGCCAUCACCACUGUGCUCCGGAGGGUCUUUCCAAUGGGCGAUGGCAGCAUCGGCGCCGGGGCUACUCUGACCCACCUUCCCCAUCCUCCUCUCCGGAGUCAGAGCGAGGCGGCACCGUCAAAGCAAGUGAGAAACCUGCUGUGGCAACUAAUGCCACUGGCACAACCACUGAAGAGUCUGGAAAGGAAACAUGGUCACUCUUCAGGCCUCUUCCCGCUUUCCCGGUCGAUAGCAGCAGCGCCCGGAUCAUCCCCAAGAUCUCGUAUGCCAGCAAGCUGAAAGAGAACUUGGAUCAGCCAGGGAAAGCCUGCCAUGUUCCUGCCUCAGCCGUCCGCACCACGAAUAGCCUCCCCAACUGUGUCUUGGCGCCACCCCCAAGUAACUCCCCACCUACUGACAACAGUCGGCGACAACAUCUGGGAGCCAUCUUCCAAAAUGAAUGGGGCCUCUCCUUUAUCAACGAGCCAGGGGCCGGGCAUGGAGGGGGUGGCGGGACAGCAUCAGAUAAGGAGGAAGAGGAAGCAGAUCCUGGAGCAUGCUGGGAAAAAAUGGAAGCUGGUGACUGGCAAGCUGCAAGAAAUUAUCAUUUGGAAGAAUGGAGUCAUAUAUGGGAACUACACAAUCAAGCUCCUAGCAGAGUGAUGGUCUACACGGAUACCUUGGACGGAAAAGGUUAACUCCAAGGAAGCCCAGGGGAAACACCGCUAAGAUAUGAGGGGGAACAUGGGGAGAGGCCAAGCGCCUGCCCCUAUUCCCCUUGAAGACCGGAGAAGCCCAGGCAUCUUGAAAGGGGAAGCUAUGCCACCUGCCUACCUCCCUCCCUCCGCUGUUAUAAGCCCAAAUUGCCCCGAGUGGGGCUCAUGUCUCAUCCCCUCCCCUUUCCCACUGAUUCAAUGCUCUGGUUUUUAAUUUCUUCACAUGGUUUUUAAUUUCUCUGGAUUCCCCUGAAAAUAAAGGCAAAAAAAGAAUUUAUUUAAAUUCA